AUGGUCAUCAAGGGUACCGUGGAGGAACGCAUUGUUGCUCUGCAGGACCGCAAGCGCGAACUGGCUAAUGCCACUAUCGAGGGCAAGACCGGCGCUGGCAAGCUCACUAUGCGUGACAUGAUGGCGCUCUUCGGUCGUGAUGCAGAAUCACGAUUCACGGACAACCAGAACACUCUGGACUUCAACCAGCCUACUCGACUGCUGAACACCGGGGAUGAUACUGAGGCUGCUCCUUCCUCCUCUCAGGAGUCAACGCAGUCUGGCCCACGCAGCCGGGGAAACCCGAUCCAGCCUAACCGACCGCGAAAUGAAGACUCGGUUUAUGGCCGCCGCUGGUAA